AUGGAGGGGGAAAUGUUGGGGGUGGAGGAGGUGGUAAUUUUGGUUGCCAAGAUUGUGAAGGCGGAGGAGGGUCAAACGGAAACGGAGGUGGCUCUGGAGGAGGAGAUGAAGGCGACACAGGAAGAAAUGGUGACAGUGGAGAUAAAGGUGACGGCGGAGAUGAAGGUGAUAAAGCAGAUGAAAGCGGUGAUGAAGGUCAAACGAUCCCUCUUUUCCAACUUUCUAGGCGACCGUCUCGUGAAACGGGCAGAGGAAGUCUUAUCCACCAUUAACCCCCUCAAAGACGCUCUCAGCAACUUUGGUGCCGAUAAGCAAGGCAAGAGCUUCAUCAGCUCGGCAAUGGACUCGGCCGAGGGUAUCAUUACGAAUAAGUUCCCCAAGGACAAACCCAACUCUUUCGUCACAGGUCUUGAGGGUCAUUACACCCUGGCGAAGAAACUUACUAUAGGCACCGCGGAAAACAAACAGACUUUCCAAUCUGGGACACGCCUCUAUUGGGCAGUGCGUUGGGACUAUGAUCCGGUGAAGGGACCUCAUGUGAAUGCGAUGUUCAGCGGAAAACCAGGUACAUGUAAAUUUGCUUACAACCUGGACAAGUCCAAAUUUCUUGAGGGAGAUGAAGGAGGGAAAAAGGCUAUGUUGGACAUUGCGCAGGACUUGAAUAAACAAUGUAAGUACAGCAUGGCUAAAAAUAUGGGGAAGGACAAGCCAGAAUGGGAUACAACAGAGGAGCAGGCGAUGGAGGACUUAAAGAACCAUUUCAAGACUGUUGGGGACGGACCGUGUACCUAG